CCAGAGUUCAGAUGACUUUUUAAAAAUUAGUUUUUUGAAUUGAGAAAAUUAUUUCAAUCUUCGAAUUACCAAACAUUAAGAUUACCUUAUUCACGUAAUCAAAAUUCUAAUAUGGCUCAAACCUGACGGGGCCGGCACCUUUUCUUUUUAUACAGUGGCUUCAGACAUUAUUUUGUGAAACAAAAUGGAUGGUUCCGAGGAAGUAAGUUCCACAUUUGCAUCACUCCCACCACCACUUCCGAAGUCUCCUCCAGAUUUGUUUGGAAAGAGGCGUGAGUUGGCUAUGCUUCAAAUGCUCGACACACAAAUGGCUUCUCUUCAGGAAGAAUUAGAGUCUGUUGGACGCAUUCAAACUGCUUCGCUUUCCUGUAAAGAGGUUGCUGAUUUUGUGAUAGCAAAUGCCGAUCCUUUAGUAACUGUAAGCCAUAAAGUUCGCAGGCCUCACUGGAUCUGGAGAUGGCUCUGCGGAAAGUACUCUUGCUUCAACCUAUCACGAAUAUGUUGCUGUUGUGGAUGCUUUCUUCAUUAUAGACAAUCAGAUUGUUCAACACCGAAGUCUCAGAGUUGCAUGAAUACCUGUUGGCCAUGUUGUGGAAAGAGCUAUUGUUGUGAUUGCGGAUCUCCUUCUUGCCCAGACUGCCCCUGCUCUGGUACUUGUUCUUGCAGCAAGUGCACAUGCUGUGGCCUACCUAUAUGCCCGAAAGUACCACGAUGUUCUUGUAUUAAAAACUGUUGUUCAUCUUGUAGUGUGUCUAGAUGAACAAUUAUAUAUGUGUAUAUAUGAGGACCAGAAAAACAAAUUUCCAAUACAUUUUCUUUAGCGAUUAAUAGUAAACCCUUCACCUGUUUAAUGACAAGUCCCAGCAGAAAAACAUGCUGAUCGACCCAAUGAGCUCCUUUUUCUUCCUUUUGGGAACUGUAAGGCCUUACGAAAUAGAAUACAAAUUUUAUUGUUCAAUGUUUGUAUUCUUCUUGUGCUUAAACAGGAGUUUGGUCUAUGC